CUCUAUAGACUCAGAAGAUAAAGCCUGAAAGAAAGGGGAGAAAAAAAUCAAGCCAAAGAAAUUAUUCAUCACAUAAUUUGUACCUGAAGUGAUUAUUCAAAAUAAAUUCAGAGGAACCACAGGUUGCUGGGCCAGGAGGAGCCACAUCAGGACCUGACCAAGAAGACUGCACAUCACCCAGAAAUCUUGAACUUGGAGCAAUAACCACAUGAGUUGCUGUGCGGUUUCCCUCUGGGAAGGGGGUUGGAUUAAUGUAUGGGUGGACCAUCCGCAAGAGAUUGGAAAGGAAAGAAGAGAGAGGUCAAGAUUGUGUAAUUCUUAUUGAUCUAUCUUCAAGUUUACUGAAGAUUUUUGCAUCUGUUCGUGAGAGAAAACACAGAUGGGUGAAGAAACAGAGACAGAGAAUGGAAACCAACAUGUCUGACAAAAGUGACUUAAAAGCUGAGCUAGAGCGCAAAAAACAGCGCUUAGCACAGAUAAGAGAAGAGAAGAAACGGAAGGAAGAGGAGAGGAAAAAGAAAGAGGCUGAUCUGCAGCAGAAGAAAGAACCAGUUCAGGAUGACUCUGACCUGGAUCGCAAACGCCGAGAGACAGAGGCUUUGCUGCAAAGCAUUGGGAUAUCGCCAGAGCCCCCUCUAGUCCCAACCCCUAUGUCUCCCUCCUCGAAAUCAGUGAGCACUCCCAGUGAAGCUGGAAGCCAAGACUCAGGCGACCUGGGACCAUUGACAAGGACCCUGCAGUGGGACACAGACCCCUCAGUGCUCCAGCUGCAGUCAGACUCAGAACUUGGACGAAGACUGCAUAAGCUGGGUGUGUCGAAGGUUACCCAAGUGGAUUUCCUGCCCAGGGAGGUAGUGUCCUACUCCAAGGAGACCCAGACUCCUCUGGCUACACAUCAGUCCGAAGAGGAUGAGGAUGAUGAGGAAAUGGUAGAACCUAAAGUUGGCCAGGAUUCAGAACUGGAAAAUCAAGACAAAAAACAGGAGGUGAAGGAAGCUCCUCCAAGGGAGCUGACAGAGGAAGAAAAACAGCAGAUCCUUCACUCAGAGGAAUUUCUCAUCUUUUUUGAUCGGACAAUACGGGUAAUUGAAAGAGCGCUGGCAGAAGACUCCGAUAUCUUCUUUGACUAUAGUGGUCGAGAGUUAGAGGAAAAAGAUGGGGAUGUCCAGGCUGGAGCCAACCUUUCUUUCAAUCGUCAGUUCUACGAUGAGCAUUGGUCCAAGCACCGAGUAGUCACUUGUAUGGACUGGUCUCUCCAGUACCCCGAGCUGAUGGUCGCUUCCUACAACAACAACGAAGAUGCUCCCCAUGAACCAGAUGGAGUGGCCUUGGUUUGGAACAUGAAGUUUAAGAAAACCACACCAGAAUACGUCUUCCACUGUCAGUCCUCUGUGAUGUCAGUCUGCUUUGCUCGUUUCCAUCCCAAUUUGGUAGUUGGUGGGACUUACUCGGGCCAGAUUGUCCUGUGGGAUAAUCGCAGUCAUCGGAGGACGCCAGUCCAGCGGACACCCUUGUCGGCUGCUGCACACACACAUCCCGUGUACUGUGUCAAUGUUGUUGGGACCCAGAAUGCUCAUAACCUCAUCACUGUCUCUACCGAUGGUAAAAUGUGUUCCUGGAGCCUGGACAUGCUCUCCACUCCACAGGAGAGCAUGGAGCUGGUGUACAAUAAGUCCAAGCCUGUGGCUGUUACCGGAAUGGCUUUCCCAACGGGAGACGUCAAUAACUUCGUGGUUGGCAGCGAGGAGGGUACAGUCUACACGGCCUGUCGUCAUGGAAGCAAAGCAGGUAUUGGGGAAGUCUUCGAAGGCCACCAAGGGCCAGUGACAGGAAUUAACUGCCACAUGGCAGUGGGCCCAAUCGACUUUUCACACCUGUUUGUCACGUCGUCGUUCGACUGGACCGUCAAACUGUGGACCACAAAGCACAACAAGCCGCUCUACUCCUUUGAAGACAAUGCAGACUAUGUGUACGAUGUCAUGUGGUCCCCUGUGCAUCCCGCGCUCUUUGCCUGCGUGGACGGGAUGGGGCGCUUGGACCUCUGGAACCUCAACAAUGACACCGAGGUUCCAACAGCAAGUGUGGCCAUUGAGGGGGCAUCCGCCCUAAACCGUGUUCGUUGGGCUCAAGGUGGCAAAGAAGUUGCCGUUGGGGACUCAGAAGGCCGUAUUUGGAUCUAUGACGUCGGAGAGCUUGCAGUUCCCCACAAUGAUGAGUGGACCCGAUUUGCCAGGACGCUCGUGGAGAUUCGUGCGAACAGAGCUGACAGCGAGGAGGAAGGCACCGUUGAGUUAUCUGCCUAGUGGAAAUGAGCCGUCCCCACCUUGACCUUCUAGAGCUCAGCAUCUGCAGUCAUCAAGUCCGCUUGUAUUCAGUGUCCAUUCAGUAUCAGUAUUGCCGUGACCGUUUGGGUGCCAUAUUGUGCCAGCUUUGCUCCAAGUAUUCCAGAUGUAUACUGUCCACUGACCUGAAAUUCACCAGAGCAUUUCUGUCUAUAUUUCUGUCUCAAAAGUGGGGAUGGGGAGGUAGGAGCCUUUUUGCGUUGAGUUGUUGCCUUUUAACUACUUAGUAGCUGUAUUUAAUAGCUGGAAACCUCUGGUUAAAUUUGUGCUUACACGCACUUCUGGCAUAGUCCUAUUAAAUCCAUAUGAAGCCAGAUAUGAUUACGUGCAGAUGUGGUGUCAUGCUAUGGUACAGGGCCAAAGACUUGAGAUGUGGCGUUUUACACGGUGACUCACAUUAUGAAUGGAUUUACUAGAAGAACAUUGCUGCUCCUUAUUUAUUGUGGUGUGCUGCAUGGAACAUAUUUAUUUGAAAGCAUUAAAAUAAACGAUCCUAGAGCAUGUGCAUAAUGAGAGGACUGCAUUGUCUCUCUGUUGCUGUUGAGGUUACAUUAAGUUCCAAAUAACAAUUACAGUAUGCCGGUUCCACUGAGGACAUGAAAUCUUUAGAGGUUUGUUGCAGUGAAUGGAAUGAAUUUUAAUGCCUAUUAUUUCUAGGUACUUUAACAAUAUUUCAAAUAUAGUUGAUCAUUGAUAUUUGUCAUUCAAGCUAACCCAGUCUGACAAAAGUCUGUGGUUCCUAAAUAUGACACCAGUAUUGCCAAUAAAAUGUUCCAAACCAGGUCUGCUCUAGUGUGGAUAAAUCCUUUGCUUGGGAACUGCCUGAUUAAAAUUCUGCUGUGGCCAGCGGGUAGGGGAGAUACAUUAGGGCCGUGUUAAAGAUUGAUAAUGAAUUUAUAGGCAGCCAACCUGGCUGCACUUAAACCAAGACUCUGGUUUUAUUUUUAUGAAGGAACGUGUGUGCUAUUUCUGGAAAGCGUUUUCUUGUCUCCUUCGCCAGAGCCACUCUAACCCAAAGACUAUUUCAAGUGUUGGGAGUAGGAAGAACAGGUUAAGAUGAACAAAUACCAGCUGUUCCACACAUUUCAUUAUUUUUUAAUUUAUACCAGAAAAUUACAUUUAUUACUGUUGGACUAGGAAAUAUGUCUAAACAACUUUAUAGGAUUUUGUUUUUUCAAAAGGUCAUUUCUUGCCUAGAGAGAAUGAAAAUAAAUAGUGGCUGAGUCAUGAAAAACAUUUGAAGACAGUCUUUGGCUUUUUAGGAAGAGAAUUUCCAUGGUGCUUUGUUGGUAGGGAUUCCUUGAGCUAUGAGAUUUCUUUUAAUUUUGAAAUAAUGAUAUGCUUUUCUCUAAGUGCUAUACAGUGUGUUAAUAUUGAAACUCUUUAAAAACAUUAAAUUUUUAAAGCUAAAAUAUGAAUAUCUAAAAUAUGUUUAAAAGCAACCCAAUGAGACAAAAGACCUGUACUCUGAAAACUAUAAGACACUGAUUAAAGAAAUCGAAGAUGACACAAACAGAUGGAGAGAUAUACCAUGUUCUUGGAUUGGAAGAAUCAGCAUUGUCAAAAUGACUGUGCUGCCCAAGGCAAUCUACAGAUUCAGUGCAAUCCCUAUCAAAUUACCAAUGGCAUUUUUCACAAAAAUAGAACAAAAACUUUUUUAAUUGGCAUGGAGACACAAAGGACCCCCUAAUAGCCAAAAUAAUCUUGAGAAAGAAAAACGGAUCUGGAGGAAUUGGGCUCCCUGACUUCACACUAUACUACAAAGCUACAGUCAUCAAAACAGUAUCGUACUGACAUAAAAACAGAAAUAUAGAUCAGUGGAACAGUAUAAAAGCCCAGAAAUAAAUCCAUGCACCUAUGGUCAAUUAGUAUAUGACAAAGGAAGCAAGAAUAUACAAUGAAGAAAAGACAGUUUCUUCAAUAAGCAGUGCUGGGAAAACUGGACACCUACAUGUAAAAGAAUGAAAUUAGAACAUUCUCUAACAGCAUACACAAAAAUAAAGUCAAAGUGGAUCAAAGACCUAAAUGUGAGGCCAGACACUGUAAAACUCUUAGAGGAAAACAUAGGCAGAACACUCUUUGAUAUAAAUUGCAGCAACAUCUUUUUGGAUGCACCUCCUAAAGUAAUGGAAAAAAACCCACAAAAAUAAACAAAUGGGACCUAAUUAAACUUAAAAGCUUCUGCACAGCAAAGGAAACCAUAAACCAAAUGAAAAGACAGCCUACAGACUAGGAGAAAAUAGUUGCAAAUGACGUGACUGACAAGGAAUUAGUCUCCAGAAUUUACAAACAGCUCAUGCAGUUCUAUGUCAAAAGAACAACCCAAUCAAAAAAUGGGCAGAAGAUCUAAACAGACAUUUCUCCAAAGAAGACAUACAGAUGGUCUAAAAACACACGAAGGACUUCCCUGGUGGUCCAGUGGUAAAGAAUCCGCCUUCCAAUGCAGGGGAUGUGGGUUUGAUCCCUGCUCAGGUAACUAAGAUCCCACGUGCUGUGGGGCAACUAAGCCUGCACGCCGCAACUACUGAGCCUGUGCGCUCUGGAACCCGCAUGCCACAACUAGAGAGAAGCCCAGACACCACAACGAAGAGCCUGCCUGCCUCAAUGACAGAUCCCACAUGCCGGAAUGAAGAUCCCACGUGCUGUAACUAAGACCCAACACAGCCAAAAAAAAAAAAAAGCAAACAAAAAAACAAA